GUUAUUCAUUCAAAAAAAAAAAAAAAAAACACAAGAAAAUCGCAAAUCGCAAACGGCAAGCAGCAGGAACAAACUGAAAUCGCAAAUCGCAAGCAGGAAGAGAAGGAUUUGAAUAGCAAGAGCAUGUGAGGAAGAAAAAAUGGAGGCUGAGGCGGAAAUCUUGAUUGAUUUGAACACUCAACUUCAUUCCGAGACUAUUGUUUCUGUUCAAAAUGAGGACCCUGGUGUUUCAACAUCUCUUGCAAAUGAUGUUAUUAUGCCACAGCAGCCAGCUCCGAAGAAACCAACAAGGCAGUGGGCUGCUUGGACUCGUAACGAGGAGGAAAGCUUCUUCACCGCAUUACGGCAAGUUGGGAAGAAUUUUGAGAAAAUCACUUCCCGUGUACAAAGUAAAAACAAGGAUCAGGUUAGACAUUAUUACUAUCGGCUUGUGAGACGGAUGAACAAACAUCUUGGUCCAGAAUUAUGUCUGGAUGCCAAAAACUCAAAAGAUACCAAUGCUGCAAUGCUUCGUUGGUGGUCUUUAUUGGAGAAGUACAGGUUCAAAGCCUCAAAGCUUCACCUAAAGCCCCGAAGGUUUAAAAUAUUUUUAGAAGCCUUGGAGCACCAACUUUUGAAGGAUCGGAAAAAGAGUGUAAGGAAGCGACCUUUGCAGGGUGGAAAUUGUCAACCUCCUGGUCUUAACACUGUCUCAAAUCAAGCUAGAGCAUCAGGGAAUGAUAGCCGUGCAAUUAAAAUGAUUCUGGUUGAGAGUCAAAAUAUUAUAAAACUUGGACCUUCUAAACCACCAUUGAAGCGCAAUGUGAGCAUGGGUGUUAACCGUAGCAAUGCUAAGGGAGAUUCAAAUAACUCAAAACCUACGAGGCAGCGAAAGAAAUCUGGCGUGAUCACAUCAGCUGCAUAUAAAAAAUGGGAGAAGGCUGCAAUUGCCGGCGUUUCUUUAGUUGCAGAUGCUGCUGAGCAUUUGGAGCGAGCUGCCACCGUUAAUGAGGUUGAACAUGACCAGGAGAAUCCAGGGGAAAAAUGUUCUGAUCCUGCUGAUCAUGUCCUGCCCUCUUUACGCACAUUUCCUCAAAAUCACUCUGUUGAUAAUAAUGUGCAGAAUAUUGUGAAACUUAAACUCCAGUUAUUCCCAAUUGAUGAACCCACUCGAAGAGCCUUGGAAAUGGAAAAGCAUAAUCCAUACUUGGAGCUUACAGUUAGUACACGAAAGAAGAUAUCAUCAAUUUUAGAACAUCUAAACCGUAAAUGGGGCAAUUCAAGCAUAGCAGUUGGAGAGUUGAUGCUUUUUCCUUAUGGUGUUCAAAAGGAAAACUUGAAUAAUUAUCAAAGAUGGAACCAGGAAUCUACUCUUAGCGCAGCUGAUAUAUAUGCAGUGAUAGGAAGUCCACCUAUAUUCCGUUUGAGGUAUGGUUGGUUCUCUUAUACUGAGCAUGGGGUAUUGAAUAUGCAAGCACCUGUAGCAUCCAGCUGCAUGGUUAGACAAUCCAAAAAUGGUGGUGAUAGUAUGAAGGACCGGAUUGUGAGUUCACCAUCACUUCCUAUGCCAUCAACUAAUAAUUACUCCAAGGAGCACUAUGUAGACUGUGGAACAUCCACGAACAUAAACGAUGCUCUUACCUCUACCUCAACUUAUUUGCCUAACACUAGAGAUGGAAGUAUAUACCAUAAUACAAGCACCGAGGAGCCUUGUGGACCUACAGCCCAGAUAUCAUCGCAUGGAAAAGAUGCUACAGAUGGAGCUGUAACUAGACAUUUGGAAGACAUGGAUGGAUUGAAAUCAACCAAUGGAUCAGGCCUGUCAGCUGGUGAGUGGGCUGACACCCUUACCAACAUUAGCGUGGGGGACCUACUUUCAGGAGUGUCCCAGGAUCACAACGAUAACUGCAUUGAUCCUCUUAUUGCUGAGAAUUGUCGCAGUGUUCAUCAAAUCCCUUUUAGUUGCGACUCAUUUGAUGCUGCUAUUGCUGCUCACAUAUCUAAACACCAAGACAAGAUGGGCCAAUCAACUCUGGCAUCUCAUAUGUCAUCUAUCUGGGAUGCUGAAGAAACACGUGAUGCUUUCUCAUUUAAAAAGGAUUCUAUUAUUCGUCAUGAAGAUGGUCCUUGUUUAUCUCUCAUUGCUUCUUUAGAUUCUGAUAAAAAGGUUCCUGAAAGAAGCUUUGAAAAUUUGGAUAAGCUUUCACCUGAAAAAGAGAGCCUUGUGGACGAUAUUGCUCAAACAGACCCUUUGCCUAUGGACGGCUGUGAGUCCGAUGCAGAUAACAAGUAUCAUUCAGCCAAAGAUUUUACCGGGCUAGCAGAUAUGUAUUGGCCUGAUUCUUUGGGACCGCUGGACUUGGAAAUACCAUCUACUAAGUACCACAGCGAUGAUCCAAUUCUAAGUGAUAGCGGACUUAAUCGCUUGAUAGCCAGCAGCCUGGAUGCCUUCCAGAAUUGCUCCUUUUUUGGAAUUGACAAGAAGGAAACACCAUCGACAGUUGAGGCUCAAGAAACUGCCACUCUCUCAAAUUUUAAAAUUGGAAGUGGUAUUUGAGACUCUUUACAUCAUUGUUUCCUGGUAACGUUUUCUGAUUUCGGCAUGUUGUAGUAUGUCGUGAAUAACAUUUUUUCUUUAAACUAACUUGAGGUGCGCAUGCCAAAAAGAGGUUUUAGCCGCUUCAACUCCUGAUGUAUAUGUUCAUCUAUUUGGGUCGCUUCCCUUUUGUACAAAAAAAUUGAGCAUAGAAGGAUCUACACUGUAUCUAUCUCGCGGGGUUCUGUCAGAUUCUGUAUAAAUAUCCCUUUACCAAGUAAACACGUCUUUUCUGGUUUAUCUCUCAUUCUCCCUGAUUAGAACCGAUUUCUGAAGUUAAUGGAACUCGUUCUGGUUUAUCUCUCAUUAUCCCCUUCACCAAGUUAAUGAAAACUAUCACUUAUUUGAUUA